UAGUGACAGAAACUGACUGGCCGUAGGGCAUUUGGGAAAUGCCAGAUGGGCUGAAUUCUCAUUAUUUAGAUAAUAAUGGAAAACCUCAAUGAAGAAAACAAAAUUGUCUGGUGUGCUAGAAAUAACCGGGUUGAUUUCUGGUCUCAGUCCGUCCCAGGGAGGUGGACGUCAGGAGGGAUUAGGGUUGGCUGAAGUCCCUUUAUGGGAGACGAGAGGAGGCUCAGGGGGAAAGAAAACGAAACAACCCCACAGUCACAAAGAGUGUACAGCCCGUUAUAAGCCAUGAAAGCAGCUUUGUCCCCUUCUCUCUUUUUCUCUCUCUCUUUUUCUCUCGCUCGCUCGCUCACACUCUCUCUCUUUCUCAAUCUCUCUCGCGCUCUUUCUUUCUUUCUUUCUCUCACUCAAUUUAAUUAAAUUCAAUUAAAUUCAAUUCAAGAGCUUUAUUGGCAUGGGAAACAUGUGUUAACAUUGCCAAAGCAAGUGAGGUAGAUAAUAUAUAAAGUGAAUAUAUAAAGUGAAAUAAACAAUAAAAAUUAACAGUAAACAUUACACAUACAGACGUUUCAAAACAAUAAAGACAUUACAAAUGUCAUAUUAUAUAUAUAUAUACAGUGUUUUAACAAUGUAAAAAUGGUAAAGGACACAUGAUAAAAUAAAUAAGCAUAAAUAUGGGUUGUGUUUACAAUGGUGUGUGUUCUUCACUGGUUGCCCUUUUCUCGUGGCAACAGGUCACAAAUCUUGCUGCUGCACUCUCUCUCUCUCUCUCUUUCUCUCUCUCUCUCUCUCUCUCUCUCUCUCUCUCUCUCUCUCUCUCUCUCUCUCUCUCUCUCUCUCUCUCUCUCUCUGUGUCUCUCUUUCUCUCUGUCCGUCUCUCUCUUUCAUUCUCUAACCUCUCUCUCGACCCCCCCUCUUUACUAAUUAUGAUAUUACCUAUUAGUUAAUAGUGAUUCUUUUGACAUUAUCUGUCAGGGUUGAUCGUUAGGGCUGCCUCUCAGCUGCUGACAGAGAGCUGGCUGGGAACUACAUUGCAGAGAAAAACAUAACCUUGUCUCCAGAGUCGGCUGGGACCUAACUGAGAUGAUAGGGACAGGGCAACAAUGCAGGGUGUGUUGUUGUGUGCCCUGAGAAAGAAACUGUGUGGACAGACAGUCACAGUGGGGUUCGAAAUUAUUGACUCCCUUCCUGAUUUCCAGUUUUUCUCAAUUGCUAAAACACAAUUUCUGAAACUUUGCUCCAUUUCCUGAAAACAUUAAACACAAAACCUCAUCUUCAAGCACUAUUUACAUAACUUCUGACUCCUCUCGCAAAAUGAAACAUUCACCUCAAAACAGUUUUACCUGUGUUCAAAAUCAAACACUGCUCUCAAAUCAUAAAGAAGAAGUGAUCAAAAUUAUUAUAUACACUCUCAAGCAGUCAGUAAACAAUACACCGAAAAAGAGAAAACACAUUGUUCAAAACAUACAAUUCUCAGGGAGAAGUACAUUGUCUUUUGAUGAACGAAAACAGGUUCUAUCAUAGUAGCUCAAAAUUUAUCAGAAAUUACUACUCUGCUUUGCUCUUUGCAAUUUUGUUUUUUGUUCUUCCUCCUCCUUGUACCCCUGUUUUUACAGUACUGUACCCUGCAUCUCCCAAACUUGUCCUUUGUCUCUGUGAUCCUGUAAUUCUUGUUCUUUGUUGAUAUGAACCUGCAACCAGUCAAAAUCUAUUGAGCAGUCAGUACUGUUAAUAAAUGGAAAGCACAAUGUUCAGGGCCAUACAAUUCAUCCAUUGUACAGUAUACAGCCUACAAUGCACUGUACUACAGUAUACAGCCUACAAUGCACCGUACUACAGUAUCCAUUCUCAGACUUUCUCCUUCCCACCUUCAACAACCUGUUUGCUCUCUGAACUGGCUUAUAUUGGUUGUGUCGCAUCAUUUGAAACAGGUUAAAUCAAUGUUGAGUGGUUGUGUUCAAUCAAUGACAUAUGUUCUCUAUUUGUAUUUGAUUGUUGCCACUUGUGUUUACCAGGAUGGAUGACAUGUGCAUUAGAGUGCAGAAUGUGUUUUGAGAAUGAGAAUGUGUUUAGAGUUUUGCUGAAAAGUCUAAGUGAGAUCUGCAAAUUGUGUUUUAUCAUGUGAAAUGGUUUAAGGUAUUGACAACAGACUGCAUAAUGAGCUAAAUGAGUCCAGACAACUGAGAACUUUGUUCAGCCAAUCGGUUUUAGUGUUUUAGCAAUUGAGAAAAACUGUAAUAAAGCAGUCAACAUCCCAUAAUGCUUAGGGUCAUGUAUAAAAAUACUGGGCAGGCCAUUAUUUUGGCUACCCUGACUAUGCCCCCAUAGGAUGACAAUGCCCCAAUCCACAGAGCACAUGUGGUCACUGAAUGGUUUGAUGAGCAUGAAAACGGUGUAAACCAUACGCCACGGCCGUCUCAGUCACCAGAUCUCAACCCAAUUGAACACUUAGGGGAGAUUCUGGUGUGUUUUCUGAGACAGUUAUCCACCAUCAACAAAACACCAAAUGAUGCAAUUUCUCGUGGAAGUAUGGUGUCACAUCCCUCCAAUACAGUUCCAGACUCUUGUAGAAUCUAUGCCAAGGUGCUUGGAAGCUGUUCUGGCAAUUGCUCAGAGAAAUAGAUUUUGUUUAACAAGUAAUAAUUUAGUUUCUCAAAAAGGUAGGGUUCAAAAUGGGUGCCGUUUUGUGACAUAUUGAAAAAAAUGUUGACCCCUACCUUUUUGAGAAAAACAAAUAUUUAUUGUUAAACAAAAUCUCUUUCUCUGAGCAACUGUAUUAGUAUAAAAUAAAAUAAAAUAAUUUCCAAAAUGUUUGGAGCACACAAUAUAGCUUAGUAUUUGAAGUAUAACAUUUUUUUAUACAUAGAUUUUUGCUCACCUUUAAACAGGGUGUCAAUCAUUUCACACCCCACUGUAUAUAUUCUCCUUCGAGAUAGUGGCAUUUAGCUAGUGGAUCAUUCUCUGGUUCAUUCUUCCCCCUCGGUUUUUGUCCUCUCCAAUGUAAGGAAGGCGGAAGCAGUGGCCCUACAGACCACCCAGUGGAGAGAGAGAGAGAGAGAGAGAGAGAGAGAGAGAGAGAGAGAGAGAGAGAGAGAGAGAGAGAGAGAGAGAGAGAGAGAGACACAGAGAGAGAGAGAGAGAGAGAGAGAGAGACAGAGAGAGAGAGAGAGAGAGAGAGAGAGAGAGAGAGAGAGAGAGAGAGAGACACACAGAGAGAGAGAGAGAGAGAGAGAGAGACAGAGAGAGAGAGAGAGAGAGAGAGAGAGAGAGAGAGAGAGAGAGAGAGAGAGAGAGAGAGACACAGAGAGAGAGAGAGAGAGAGAGAGAGAGAGAGAGAGAGAGAGAGAGAGAGAGAGAGAGAGAGAGAGAGAGAGACACAGAGAGAGAGAGAGGAAGAGAGAGAGAGAGAGAGAGAGAGAGAGAGAGAGAGAGAGACAGAGAGAGAGAGAGGUAGAGAGAGAGAGAGAGAGAGAGAGAGAGAGAGAGAGAGAGAGAGAGACAGAGAGAGAGAGAGAGAGAGAGAGCUGAAUGGAAUGUCUCUGAUUCUCAAUGUUCCGUCUCAGAACACAUGAUAACAUGGAACUUCUAUCGUAAGGUGAGUACACAUUCUAUUGAUUCACACACCUGCUAUUAGAUAUUACAUUCCUAAUACAUGUUUUUAUAUGACCUAUCUGUUUAAUUAACAUGUAUUUACAUGACAUAGCGUAAAUAUUUCCUUACAUGCUUGACUCAUUUAGGUUUAUCCCAUGGAUAAAAGUUGUCAAGUUAAGUUUUGGCUAGAGUCGUGAGUCAUGUGGCAGGUUAGGGCGUAGUUAUAGAGCCAGUGGGCAUCAGGAGAAAAACGACAAGCAACAGUACUCUUCUGUCAGGCAGGUGAUUAAGGAGGAUGCAUAACAUAAUUAAGUGAUUGAAGGAAGGAAUAAUCAACACUAUCAAUUGUCUCUCCUAAACACAGCACAGCUCUGUAACAGGGAAUCACUCACUAACAGAAGGAUGACCUGCCACUCAUUGAGCUCCUUUGUACGGAGCCUGUCCAGGAGAAAACCUUUGGAGCCUGAGGGAGAGGAGUCCACUUUCAACCGCUGUCUGACCACACUGGACCUGGUGGCCCUAGGGGUGGGGAGUACCCUGGGAGCAGGGGUCUACGUUCUCUCUGGAGAGGUUGCUAGGACGUCGUCAGGUCCCAGCAUCAUCAUAUCCUUCUUCAUCGCUGCCGUAGCCUCCAUCUUUGCCGGUUUGUGCUACGCUGAGUUCGGGGCCCGCGUCCCCAAAACGGGGUCUGCGUAUCUGUACAGCUAUGUGACGGUGGGAGAGCUACUGGCGUUUAUUACCGGGUGGAAUCUGUUGCUGUCCUACGUCAUAGGGACGUCUAGUGUGGCGAGGGCUUGGAGCGGAACCUUUGAUGACCUCAUCGGCAACGUCAUGGGGAAUUUCUUCAAAGAAAACCUUUACAUGGGCUUCCCGGGCCUCGCAGAAUACCCAGACUUCUUUGCUGCUGGGCUCAUUAUUCUCCUGGCAGGUCUGCUGGCCUUUGGUGUCCAGGAAUCGGCAAUAGUCAACAAGAUCUUCACGGCCGUCAACAUCCUGGUGCUUCUGUUUGUCAUUGUAGCGGGCGUUGUCAAGGGAGACGUCGGUAACUGGCAGAUCAGUCAGGAGGUGCUCAUCAACGCUACGGCGGAAUUACAGAACCUAACCUCUACAGUCAACGUGACCAGUAUGUAUGGGGCUGGAGGAUUCUUCCCGUACGGUUUCGAAGGGACAAUCUCUGGAGCCGCUACCUGUUUCUACGCCUUCGUAGGCUUCGACUGCAUCGCCACAACAAGUGAGGAGGUGAAGAACCCUCAGAAGUCCAUCCCGCUGGGUAUCGUGGCGUCUCUCCUCAUUUGUUUCCUGGCCUACUUCGCCGUGUCGGCAGCCCUCACUCUGAUGAUGCCCUACUACAUGCUGAAUGUUAACAGCCCGCUGCCCGUGGUACAUCGGCUGGGGCCCACCAGAUGGCUCUCUGUGUCUGUCUGUCUCCUGUACAGUCUGUUGGGUUCCAUGUUCCCUAUGCCCCGCGUGCUGUUUGCUAUGGCCAGAGACGGCCUCCUCUUCAAGCCCCUCAGUAAGGUCAGCGCCAGACAAAGUCCUGUCAUCGCUACCCUCUCCUCCGGGGUUGUAGCAGCGAUAAUGGCCCUGGUGUUUGACCUGAAAGCUUUGGUUGAUAUGAUGUCAAUUGGGACACUCUUUGCCUACACACUUGUGGCUAUAUGCAUUCUUAUACUGAGGUACCAAGAGACCCAAUCAGAAGACUCAGAUCUCCAGAUCCUUGAAAUAAGCACCAAGUUUGGUUGUCUCAAACCGCCAUCAUUCCCAACAUCGGGCACCUCGAAAACAGUCACAAGUUUGACUGUCUUUUCUGUGGUGUGUGUAUGCGGUCUGUGCGUCCUGCUGACCCAAGCGAUAGAUGCUAUACAGCGGCAGGAGAUCUGGAGCAUGGUGUGUGUGUCCAUCGUAGCCUUCAUCCUCCUGGUCCUCGUCAUCGUCAUCUGGAGGCAUCCACAGAACCAAGCCAAGGCUGCUUUCAUGGUGCCCUUCCUGCCCGUGCUGCCGGUAGUUAGUGUGUUCGUCAACGUCUACCUGAUGGUGCAGUUAGGACGAGACACCUGGAUGAGAUACGCCAUCUGGAUGGCCGUAGGGUUCCUCAUCUACUUUGGUUAUGGGAUCCGUAACAGUGUUCAGAAGCAGAGGAACCAGACCCGCCAGGUAGAGAUUGAGACCAUCAGCGGUGUGACGAAGAAGGAGGCCUUCAAAGAAGACAGAUUCUGAGGCUGAGUGGAAAGGACAACACAGGAGUGGAGAGAAGAGGAGAGGAGAAGAGAGGACAUAGGAGCGAGAGACAGGACAAGACUGAAGCCGACAGGACAGGACAAGACAGGACUGCAGCUGACAGGACAGGACGGGAGCUGACAAGACAGAGAAGGUCUGGAGAGAGAGAUAUUUACUGUCACUUUUUAUUGUUUAUUUCACUUUUGUUUAUCUAUUUCACUUGCUUUGGCAAUGUAAACAUACUGUAUGUUUCCCAUGCCAAUAAAGCCCAUUGAAUUGAAUCGAGA